UUCAAGAAAGUAUUUUCGCAUAAUAAGUACCAUGAAUACAGAUGUCUUUCCUGUGAAAUAUUUUAAGAGAAACAUGUUUGGUUUACAAAUAUCAGUAGUUACUUGUUUCGUUUCCAUCGAAAUAACUUUGAAAUUAAUUCACACAAGAUCAUUUUCGUUCUAUGAAUUUUUCCAUCACUUGAACUGGAUUUUGGUCUCGUAUAAACAUGCUUUAGAAGGGGAGUUCUUAGCCCUUGUUCUGGGUGAAAUCAAAGGGAUCUUUUCAAUACUGGGUGAAAGAAUAAGACAAGAAACGAACAUAAUUAAUUUUUCGAACAAUAAGAGGGAUCUCCUACUGAAAAUAAAUAGCAUACGUAAGAUUUCCUCAAUUCAUUUUAGUCUGGUUGAUUCAGUGAUAGCCCUGACCUCAGUUCUGACAUUUGAUACCUACUUAUGGUUGAUUAUGAACAUUAUCCAUCUUAUUCAUUCCUGUCAUUUCGUUAUCGACUCGAUCCUGAGGAAAAAAUUGAGUUUGUAUCAUCAGUUAUGGUCAUUUCAUGAAAUCCUAAAAAACUGCUUGGUGAUCUACAUUUGGACGUCACUUUCAGAUGAGGCUAACCGAUCUGUCAUUAUUUUGCAUGAUAUAUGGAACAAAUAUGCAGAUUGUGGCAAAAUCGACAGCCAGAUUCGUUAUCUCCAGUUCAUAUCUUUGAGGUUUAUGACGAGCAAGUUGAAAUUUACAGCAUACGGAUUUUUUCCUCUGGAUUGGACGUUUUUACACACGCUUGGGAUAAACCAACCGCAAGGCAUGGACAUCGGGAGAUUAGUAAACAUAAGUCUGUUUUAUCGUCCUCGAGUGGGCUUUAUCUGUCAAUAUUAGAUAACGUCAUCAUUCUUAUUAGAAAAGGUGUGAAACGUGAAAAUCUAUCGAACCGAGUAUUGCAGUUCGAACAUAACAAAGUGAAUUAAGUGUUUUCUUCACAUAAAGAAUGACCGACGCAACAGCUAAAGUUUACCCCAGACCCCAACUGAAGGGGUUGCU